CAACAUGUUAUUUUCUAUGUAUUAUUCCAGUAAUGGAGUUUUUUAUCUGAUAGAUAAAAGUUGCUUUCUUCUACUCAUUACAAAUCCUACAGUUUCAGACACAGCAGGUGGCAGCAUGGGAUUUGUCAACAAGCACAGCUGCAACAAGGAUGAAAACAAUCGGGGGACACGGUGUGACUCGACUCUGACUCAGUUUGACUCAAACUCCAGAAAACAUCUCAUCCCUGAUGAUCUCUGUGACCUGAACUCUAUUUACUGUGGUCCCGGGUGGACCCGGGUGAGCCAGGGUUCAGAAUGGAGCUGGGGAAAGUUCACCUGAACCUGAAGACCCUGCUGCUGACCAUGAUGAUGUUUAAAUGGGGGAUCCUGUGUAACGCCACGUCAGAUCGGUGUCUGUCUGCGCCCUGUCAGAACGGAGCUUCUUGUGUGGACAACAUGGACGACUACGCCUGUGUCUGUCCCAGUGGGGGGGUCCGGUUCAUGGGUAAAAACUGUGAUGAACUGUAUGAUGCCUGCUCCUUCGCUCCCUGUGAGAACUGCACCAGCAUCCCAGGAACCCCAGAGUACCACUGCACCUGUCCGGAGGGUCUGACAGGUGAUAACUGCACUGAGGAGGUGGACGAGUGUGAGAGUAACCCGUGCUCGGAGCCCCGCUCUCUGUGCGUCGACCGGCUGAACGGAUACUUCUGCAGGUGUCCUGCAGGCUACGGGGGACGGGACUGUAUGACUCAUGUGACGGACUGCAUCGAUGAACCCUGCAGGAACAACGGGACCUGCGUGCUGAGGCCUGAGGGCUUUGAAUGUCACUGUGCUCCUGGGUUUGAAGGGAACACGUGUGAGGAGGACGUGAAUGAGUGUUCAUCAGAGCCCUGUCAGAAUGGAGCCAUCUGUGUGGACGGCGUGGCCCAGUUUCACUGCUUCUGUGUGCCCGGGUUUCAGGGGUACAACUGUGAGAUCGACAUCAACGAGUGUGCGUCCCGACCCUGCGAGAACAACGGGACCUGCAUCAACGAGAAGGACCACUACCAGUGUGAGUGCCUGCUGGGGUUCACAGGAGUGAACUGUGAGCUGGAGAUCGAUGAGUGUGAGUCCAGUCCUUGUCGAAACUGGGCGACCUGUCACGACCUGGUCGGCGUGUACUCAUGUGAGUGUCUGCCCGGGUUCGAUGGCGUGGCUUGUGAGGUGGAUGUUGACGAGUGUGCCAGCGAUCCGUGUCAGAAUGGAGCCGUGUGCCAUGACAUGGUCAACAGCUACGAGUGUGACUGCACUGAUACUGGAUUCGAGGGCGAGCACUGUGAGGUGGACAUCCCAGAGUGUGACUCUGAUCCCUGUCAGCACGGGUCCACGUGUGUGGAGGGGAUCAAUGGAUACACCUGCCUCUGCUGGCCAGGCUACGAAGGACCAAACUGUGAGGUGGACAUAGAUGAGUGUGCCGAGCAUCCCUGUGAGAACGAUGGGGAGUGCUUCGAGCGUUCGGACCCGUCUCACUGGGAGCUGGACUGGGAGCUGAGCUUUGCAGAUGCUGCAGGAUACAUCUGUCAGUGCCAGGCCGGGUUCGCAGGAGAGAAUUGCUCCGUGAACAUCGACGAGUGUGAGUCUGAACCCUGCCAGAACGGAGGAACCUGUGAGGACCAGGUCAACGGAUACUCCUGCACCUGCUCAGAGGGGUUCUUAGGUGAGCUGUGCGAGGUGAAUAUCGAUGAGUGUGAGAGCUCGCCGUGUCAGAACGGCGGUUGGUGUGAGGACGGUCGUGCUUCCUUCACGUGUCACUGUCUGGAGGCGGAGCCAGGCGAGCUGCCCUGGGGCGGCGAUCUCUGCGAGGUGAAGCUGUACGGCUGCGUGGACCACGAGUGUCAGAACGGCGCCACCUGCCUGCCUGGUCUGGAGGACGGGGACCACGUCCACACCUGUCUGUGUCCUCACGGUUACUAUGAUGACCAGUGCUCCACCAGAACCACCUUCUCCUUCUCCUCACCUGGGUUCAUCCACAUCCAGAUCCAGCUGGACGAGCGGGUCCGCAGGGAGGUGGAGCAUCAGGGUCACAGCGGGUACGGGGUGCAGCUCAGGUUCAGGACCACGCUCCCCGACAUGCUGCUGGUCUUCAGGGGAGACCAGGACACACACCUGCUGCUGGAGGUCAAGGACGGAGGUCUGCACGCCAAGGCGUCCUCUGAGGACACAGAGCUGGACGUGGUCUUUCCUGGUCUGGUCAGUGAUGGGGACUGGAGGGACGCUCACGUUUUUGUUGAUGAUGAAGGUCUGGUUCUGGUCCUGAAGGGUCCGGGCUGUGAUAGGGAUGGGUGCAGGGUCGUAGACGGAGGUGCUGAUGAGCCCCCCUUCCGGCCUUCGGAGGCCUUCUCUGAGGUGUUUGUGGGCGGAGCUCCUGAGGACCUGUUAGAGGUCUCUGCCAGCUCUGCAGGGUUCAUUGGGUGCAUGGAGGACUUGAUGAUUGACUCCAAACCCAUCCUGCCCCAGAGUUUCCCCGAGGACCAGGGCCACGAGCUGGGCUGCAGUAAGACCGAUUGGUGUGACCCGAACCCCUGCAGCGGACAUGGGCUCUGUGUGGACCUGUGGACCAGCUUCAGGUGUGCCUGCUUCAGACCGUUCCACAGCGAGAGCUGCUCAGAAGAGUUUCCUUCGUGGACGUAUGGCCACGAGGACUCACUUAGCUUCAGCUCAUACGAUGUGUCUCAGAGUCACGGCGACAGCUUCAACGUGUCCUUCUUCCUGAGGACGCUGAAGACGGAGGGUCUUCUGUUCCAGCUGAGGAGUCCAUCAGAGGAAGGGGGACAGGUGUACUUCUCUGUGUACCUGGGGAUGGGCAGGGUCCUGGUCAGCUCGCUCCCUCACAGCUCACCCCUCUCGGCCCCGGUCUUUGUGAGCAGCGGGGAGAAGAUGCUGCUGCAAGUGGAGGUCCGACAGCGUCAGGUGAUCUUUGAGCACGCUGGGCUCAGGUACGGCAUCGGAGAGAUCCCUGAGGUGGAGGUGAACAGCGGGGAUCAGGUCUACGUAGGAGGACUACCUGGAGACCUGGACUCUGACACCUGGGGUGGUCAUUACAAAGGGUGUCUUCAGGACCUGCGUCUGGACUCGGUGCACCUGGACGUGGACUCCUGGAACAGCUCAGAGGAUGAAGAGGUUUAUUUACCCAACGACGCAGAGAACGUGAAGACGGGAUGCAUCAGUGACGACACCUGCAAGGUGGAGCCCUGUCUGAACGGAGGAGCGUGCUCCAUCACUUUCAACGACUUCACAUGUUUGUGUCCGGAAGAGUUCAGAGGAAAGAUCUGUGAGACCCGUGUGUGGUGCGUCAGCGACCCAUGUGUGAACGGAGGACUCUGCGUGGACUUGCAUGACGGAUACGAGUGUGUGUUCAACGCCACGUUCGAGAACAACCCAGUCCAUUACAGCGCCGCGGGCUCUCUUUCCGAGCCGGUCUCUGACAUCUACAUGGAGCUGAGGACUCGCUCAGAGAACGCUGUCCUGCUGAGGGCGUCCUCAGGGUCAGACCUGCUUCUGGUGGGUCUGCUGGACUCCUCGGUGCAGGUGGAGAUCCACGUGGGAAACAGCGUGGAGACCCUGAGCUUCACGGGGGUCCGGCGGGUUGCUGACGGUAGCUGGCACCGUGUGAACAUCUCACGUGCGGAGCGAGGGCGCACAGCGUUUCCGUGGGUCAUCACCGUGGACGGGAUUACUGACGCCAGCAGCGUCCCGCAGAGAACAGGGAGUCUAGGGUUCCUGAACGAGAAGGGCGCUAUGGUGGCAGUCGCAGAGAGCUUCACCGGGUGUCUUGGGGCAGUCCGGGUGGGUGGGAUCUACCUGCCCUUCAUGGACCACUAUAAAGCCCCUCAGAAGUCUCAGUUCCACCUGCACGGGGAACCUCAGAUCCGUCUGGGCUGCAGUGGCGCCCCCGUGUGCACCUCAGACCCGUGUCUGAAUGGAGCCACCUGUGAGGACCUGUUCAACAAGGUCAGGUGUGUGUGUGACCUGGGCUGGGGCGGCGAGCAGUGCGAGGACGACAUUGACGAGUGUGCGUCUCAGCCCUGCGUGCACGGCAGCUGUAAGGACUACCUGGCCGGGUUUGAGUGCCGGUGUCACCCCGGGUACGUCGGGACGCUGUGCGACGAGGACGUGGACGAGUGCGAGCAUCACGCCUGUGAGCACGGAGGGACCUGUCGGGACGGAGACAACACCUACACCUGCGUCUGCCCCCAGGACUACAGGGGACCCCUCUGCCAGUGGAGCUAUCCUCCCGUUCAGUGCGGUGAAGAUGUUCAGUGCGCCAACGACGGGAUCUGCACCGACGGGCUGUGGGGCGCCAACUGCACCUGCAUGCCCGGGUUCACAGGGACCAGCUGUGAGCUGGAGGUCGACGAGUGUGAGUCGAACCCAUGCAGAAACGGAGGAUCCUGUUUGGACCGGUUCAACAUGUUUGUGUGUGAAUGUCUGCCCGGGUACAGCGGACCAACCUGUGACACCAACAAACAGGCCACCUAUCAGGGCGUCCCGUGGCUGGUGGUGGCGAUCCCUCUGCUCUGCUGCUGCGUGCUCAUCCUGGUCAUCGGUCUGACCUUUAUGGUGCUCACAGCGAGGAAGAAGCGUCAGUCCGAGGGAGCGUACAGCCCGAGCGCUCAGGAGCUGGCUGGGGCUCGUCUGGAGAUGGACAGCAUGCUGAAGGUACCGCCUGAGGAGAGACUCAUCUGAACCCUCAGACCGACACUUAGACCUCCUCUGAACACCUGCGCUCUGCUGGAGGGUGUGUGAUGCAGGUAGAGCCCCCCCUGCUGGAGGAGAGCAGGAACAGUGCUGCUCAAUGUGAUUAUAAUCCUGGUGUUGCUUCGUCUGAGGAAACGCAGAAACUUUUUAUAGGGAACAAAGAGAACCUGCUGCAGCUCGUCUCUCAGGGUUUAACCUCUCUGACAUCCUGGACUGGUCCAUAGAGGACUCUUUAAGGACUUCAUCUCAGACUCUCUGCACAGACAAUCCAUGAACUAUGUCUCAACAUGCUUCCACAGACAUCGUUACCUGUGAGAAGAAGAAUCCAGCAGAGUCAAACCAGCAUACAGAACUGCAAAGCUGCAGUUCCUCUUCAGGCCACUAGAGCUCGACACUUUGAAACUUUGUGUUUGUUUGAGAAGUUAUACACAGAGCAGCACAUUUUAUUUUUCUAGCUUUGAUUUCCUGAACUUUUUUGCAGGUUAAACUGAGUUUAUUUUUAUGAGCAGUUUUUAAUUAUUGCACAAAAUAAUCCGAGCUGUAAAGUUUGAAAACCUGAGGCAGGUGGAGGAUCCUGCACUGAAUGUUUGCAGCUUCACUCUACACAGAGACAGGGACUGGUGCUGCUUCACACCCUGAACAUGCAGUUUGUCAUUUCAUUUGCAGCUUUUCAAAUAGAAACUUUAUGAAUAUGAAGAAGAGAGCACAAUAAAGUGAAAAGGGCUCAAAUAUCAGCUGAGAAACAAACCUCAGAUUAUUAUGAUUCAUAGAGGUUUCUUGAGAGCGUGCGAGUUGAGUCCACAGUCUCUAAGUUUGGGAUCAAUAAAGUAAAUCUGUGGACUCAAACAUUAGCUGUGAGGAGUUUUACUAACAUGGAUCUGACUUUAUUAAACUCAAAGUAAAAUAAACUCUGAAGCUCGAGCUGCAGACCUUUAAGGCAGCUCCUCAGUCAGACUGUGAAUAACUUUGUUUUAUUGUCUCUGGGUUGUGAACGCAGCCUGAUGUACAGUUUGGUUUUUACCGGUUUGUUUGUACAGUUUGUUUAUUUAUGUUUCUUCUGUUAGAGCGUCACAAAGAGAGUCUCUGCUGGAGACCGACUCUUCAGAUUCACUGGAUUUUAUAAAGUUGAUCAAACUGGAUAAGCUCCCGAGGAUGAGAGAGAUCUGAGAAGACUCUCUGAAUGUGAAUUUAAAAUGAAUUAAAAUGAAUUAAAAAAAUUUCCCUGAAUGUGAAUUUGGAGUAGAAACCUGGUCCAGUCUCUCCCUGAGGUCUGAUCACUGUGAAGCUGUUAGAGAGUCAGGACGGACCGCAGCUCUCUGAUGAAUAUCAUGUUUCCUUUCUGUGUAAAUAAUCCAAAUCUUUAUUAAUGUUUAAUAAACCUGAAAUAAAACUACAA